GAAAGGAUGAGGCAGCCACUGCGCAGGCCAGAGACCUGUUUAUUCCCUUCCGCUGCUUCUGCACCCGAAAAGAUGUGAAAUGCAGCGACAUAAUCCUCGAAGACAGAGACAUAACAAAAGCCAUCAUCGAGUUCCUCUCACAAGCUGCCAUAGAAAAACUGGUCGUCGGUGCCCAAUCAAAAGGAGGAUUUGUCAGAUUGAAGAGUAGCAGCGAUGUUCCGAGCAGCAUUUCUAAGAGCGCGCCUGACUUCUGCUCUGUAUACGUUAUUUCGAAAGGCAAGGUGGCUUCGGUGCGCAAUGCUGUUAGGCCGCCACCAGUCUCUUCUAUUCGAGAGGAAGUACAUGCACAAGCGAGUUUCAAGCCCAAAGUCACAGAAAGGCCUCCACGUGAUGACUCCUUUAGUGAGGAAAGGGAAACAAUAAGGUCACCAUUCACUCGACCUGGAGCAAACCAGAGAUCAUAUAUGGAAAUCUCAGUGCCAGAAAUCGAUAUAUCAUUUGUGAGCUCAGAAACAUCAUUUCCCAGCUCUAGCUCUGGAAGGCCAAGUUUUGAUCGCCCCCCCUUACACCCAAUGCCCUCCAAUUCAUCAAACAUCUUGGAACCUAGCUCCAAUUUCAUGGGAACACCAAUUAGAAUAGACAAACAUGUCGGCUCCUUCACUGACCACUCCUGCUUACAAGACCUUCAAAACAUGGAAGAUAUGGAAGCUGAGAUGAAGAGAUUGAGAUUAGAACUGAAGCACACUAUGGACAUGUACAGCAAUGCCUGCAGGGAAGCAAUCACAGCCAAGCAGAAGGCAAUGGAGCUUCACCGGUGGAAGAUGGAGGAAGAGAACCGCUUAGAAAAAGCAAAGCUUGCUGAAGAGACUGCACUGGCUAUGGCUGAGAGGGAGAAAGCAAAGGCCAAAGCUGCCAUAGAGGCAGCCGAGGCGUCGAAAAGAAUUGCAGAGCUUGAAGCAAGGAAGAGAAUUGAUGCAGAGAUGAAGGCGGUGAAGGAAACAGAGGAGAAGAACAGAGCAUUGAGUGCAUUGCAUAAUGACAUUUACAGGUAUCGGAAGUACUCCAUAGAAGAGCUUGAGUUGGCCACCAACCGCUUCGCAGAUAGCCGGAAGAUUGGAGGUGGAGGCUACGGUCCACUGUACAUAGGCCAACUGGAUCACACAACGGUAGCCAUCAAGGUUCUACGUCCCGAUUCUUCCCAAAGUAGAUUACAAUUCGAGCAAGAGGUUGAAAUCUUGAGCCGAGUGAGGCAUCCAAACAUGGUUCUCCUCCUUGGCGCAUGCCCUGAGUAUGGCUGCCUCGUCUACGAGUACAUGGCCAAUGGAAGCCUCGACGACCGCCUCUUCCGGCGAGGAAACACGGCGCCGGUCCCUCAUGGUCCAUUAUUCGUGGUCCGUGCAACCUCCCUCCGGAUUUCCACAAUUUGGACUUUUGGCAUUGACAUGGUUGCAGCUGUUCUGUACGACAGUCCAUUUGUGUUGCUAUGUUGGCUUUCAUCAUCUGGUUCUUGUUUUCCACCAUCUGGUCUAACUCCAUCAUCUCCCUCAAUCUCUGUGGUCUUAGUAGUCGGUGUGCUGCCUUCUAAGGAUAUGUUUAUGGAAAAAAAGAAAAACGGCAAGAUAGUCUACACCUUCCUACAGACCAGCCGCAGAAGGAAUGCGAUAGGAGCCCUUCUAAAACGGCAGAAGAAGCAGGAGAUCCACGCUGUGAUUCAGCGAAAGGAGCAGGGAAUCCAGCGAAAUCCUCGCCCGUCCUCCGAUGCGAUCUCAUCGCUGCUUUCCUUCGCUGAAAUCACGGCCCUACUCGGUGUCUUCGUGCAAGGGAUCGCGGUUGCGGUUUAUUCCAUCUACUUCAAAUGA